CUGGCUCUCUACGCCUAUAAGUUCACCUGCAAUGAUAAAAAUAACUAAUACAAAACUUACGUCUCAAUUGAAUCAAUUCUUUUGAGAAAAAUCAUUUUUAACCAGUUUCAAUUACAAUGUUUUUUGUCCUACUGUUUUUAUUACCACUCUCAGCCACAGCUCAGCCUUACAGGAAUGUUACUUUGGGUUCAUCAAUAACUGCAAACAAUAAAAAUUCCACAUGGUUAUCACCAUCUGAAGAAUUUGCUUUUGGCUUCCAGCAGAUCAUUCGUGGAGGUUACUUACUGGCAAUCUGGUUCAACAAAAUACCCGAAAGAACCAUUGUUUGGUCGGCCAAUCGCGAUAAUCUUGUCCAAGAAGGAUAAAAAAUUCAACUAUUUGCAGAUGGAAGGUUUGAACUGAGUGAUAUUAGAGGUGGCUUUAAAUGGACUGCUGCUGCUACGUCUCGUGAUGGAGUGGCAUAUGGAGCCAUGCUUGACACUGGUAAUUUUGUGUUAGCAAACAGCAGCUCAGGUGCUUUGUGGCAGAGUUUUGAUGAGCCAACUGAUACAUUAUUACCAACACAGACACUGAAUCAAGAUGGCAAACUUGUUUCCAGCUUCUCUAAAACAAACUUUUCAAAAGGAAGAUUCCUCUUCGCAUUACAAAUUGAUGGAAAUCUUGUAUCUUACACCAGAAAUUUCCCCAACAACGAUCCAAAAUUUGCUUUUUGGUCAACUCAAACUGUGGGCAGUGGCAACCAAGUGAUCUUCAACCAGUCAGGCGACAUAUUUCUGGAAACAAAAAAUGGAAGUGCCCUCAAUUUUAUGUCUUCAAGCUCGACUUCGACCUCGACCAGUCAGUUUUACCAGAGAGCAAUACUGGAAUAUGAUGGGGUUCUAAGACAUUAUGUCUACCCUAAGUCUGCUAAUUCAGCACAUGGUAGAGCAAUGGGGUGGUCUACCAUGCACUUCAUACCUGAGAAUAUAUGCCUGAGUAUGGGGAUAAGUUUAAAUAGCAGUGCUUGUGGUUUUAAUAGUUUCUGCACAUUGGGAACUGAUCAAAUACCGAAGUGUGAAUGCCCUACUGGUUACUCUGUCAUAGAUCCAAAUGAUAGCAUGAGUGAUUGCAAACCAACUUUCGCUCCCCAAAGUUGUGAUGAAGAGGCACCUGAAACUGACCUUUUUAGUUUCAAAGAAAUGCCCAAUACAGAUUGGCCUUUCUCCGAUUACGCUUCUUUCCCGAAAGUCACAGAAGAAUGGUGUCGACAGAAUUGCCUCGAUGAUUGUUUUUGUGCCCUUGCGAGAUUUUUUGACGGUACAUGUACGAAGAAGAGAUAUCCUUUCUCCAACGGGAAAGUCGAUGUUAGUGUAGAGGGGAAAUCUUUAAUAAAGAUAAGAAACAGCAAUGCAACAGCAGACUCCUCUGGCUCUAAGAAGAGUAGACGAUCCAUUCCAAUCAUCGCCGGAUCAGUUUUCUUGGGCAGUUCCAUGUUUCUUAAUUUGCUCCUACUUUCAUCCAUCUGCUUGUAUGCUUUCUGUUUCAGUCAACAAAAAUCGAAGAUGAUUCGACCACAUCAAGUUCUUCCGGGCCUGAACAUAAGAAGAUUCGGUUUCAAAGAGCUACAAGAAGCAACAAAUGGAUUCAAGGAGGAAUUGGGCAGGGGUGCUUAUUCAACAGUACACAAAGGAAUUAUUAAGACCGACAAUACUGAAACGGUAGUUGCUGUAAAAAAGCUGCAUAAGAUGGCUACAGAAGGUGAGGAAGAAUUUAAAGCAGAAGUAAGCUCAAUUAGCAGGACUAAUCACAAAAACCUAGUUCAAUUGCUGGGAUAUUGUGAUGAGGAGCAAAACCGGCUUUUGGUAUACGAAUUCAUGAGCAAUGGCUCUCUUGCAAACUUUCUAUUUGAGAAUUCAAGGCCCAACUGGUACAAAAGACUGCAGAUUGCAUUUGCAAUAGCGAGAGGUAUUCGCUAUUUGCAUGAAGAAUGUAAAAAUCAAAUCAUACACUGUGACAUUAAGCCCAGAAAUGUGCUCUUGGACGAAUCCUUAGCGGCAAAAAUAUCAGACUUUGGAUUAGCCAAGCUUUUGAAGCCAGAUCAAUCAAGAACCACCACGGGAAUAAGGGGAACCAAAGGGUAUGUCGCUCCAGAAUGGUUCAGAAACAUGCCGAUUACAGUCAAGGUUGAUGUUUACAGCUUCGGAAUCUUGUUGCUCGAGCUUCUCUGUUGCAGAAGAAAUUACGAACCCCAGGUUGAGGCUGAGAGGGAAAUGAUACUUGCUGAUUUUGCUUAUGAUUGUUACAAGGAAGGAAAAAUGCAUUUGUUAGUGGCAAACGACGACGAGGAGGCAUUAAGCGACAAGCUAUUUGACAAGUUUGUGAUGAUAGCAAUUUGGUGCAUUCAGGAGGAUCCAGAAUUAAGGCCUAACAUGAAGAGAGUGCUGCAACUUAUGGAAGGAUCUGUUGAAGUCCCCGUUCCUCCAGACCCAGCUUCCUCUACCACUUCAAUUUAGAUGCAAUUUUCUUUUUCACACAUGCGAGAUAAUUUCAUGUAGUGUCUAAUAAUUCGUCUGGUCUUCGUAUUUAGCAUCAAGUAUCCAUGUCGCUCAUUUUUAAUCAUGUCUAGUUUUAAUAAAUUCAGCACACCAGUAAUUUUCUUUUACCUUCUAUUUUCAACCUCUUUCCACAAGUUAAAUGCAUCCUUCUUCUUUCCUUAAA